UUAUCCUUCACGACGGAUGCUGUGUGGUUGUUGUGAUUGUUUUAAAUUUAUUAUAGAAUCGGUAUGUAGCCUUAACAAUCAUAGAUGCAAUUAAUAAAGGAAACUAUGCCAUCAAUAAUAGAAAUUGAUAAUGAACAAAAUACCAAGGAAGUGAUGAUUGAAGAUACAUCUGCCAUAGUUCCAAAUAAAGAGUCACUGAAAGAGACUUCAAUAGAAAAAGGAAAAGAUGAAGAGGAAAAGAAACAAGCAGAAGAACGAAAACAGAAGGACGAGGAUAAAUAUCCCAGGAUAACCGAAAAAGCUUUACGUGACCAUUGCAAGGCGAAUGGAUUGUACAGAACUCCUGAGCUUAAUGAUGUACUGUAUCUUCAUUAUAAAGGCUAUACAAGACUUGAAGGCUUGGAUAAAUAUACAGGCUUGAAAACCAUCUACCUAGAGUGCAAUGGCUUCAAGACCAUUGAGAACUUGAGGAACCAGAAGGAGUUACGAUGUCUGUUCUUGCAACAGAACCUCAUUGCCAAGCUGGAGAACCUUGACGAUCUUCAGCUGCUGGACACCCUGAAUGUCAGUAAUAACCUCAUCACCAAGGUUGAAAAUAUAGCUUGCUUGCCUGUUCUCAAUACACUGAAUAUUUCCCAUAAUAGACUGACAAAUGCUGAAGAUGUUAGGCAUUUAGAGGAGUGUAAUCACCUGAGUAUUUUGGACUUGUCACACAAUAGACUCAACGAUCCAGCCAUAUUUGAUGUACUUGGCAACAUGAAGAAUUUGAGAGUUUUGAAUCUGAUGGGAAACCCAAUCAUCAAAAGCACCAAGAAUUACAGAAAGACACUGAUUUUGAAACUGAAAAGCCUAACAUACUUGGAUGACCGGCCAGUGUUUCCCAAAGACAGAGCUUGCACUGAAGCCUGGGCAAUUGGUGGCCGUGAAGCUGAAAAGGCUGAAAGAGAAAAAUGGGCUGAGAAAGAUCGGGCUAAAAUUAGAGCAAGCAUUGAUGCUCUAUCUGAAGUACGAAAAAGAGCAGAACUCCUGAGAAAAGAACGAGAGGAACUUGCCAAGGAAAGAGGUGAUACAGGGCCCAAACCAAUCGUGGCUCAAGAGAAGUUCUACCCACCAGAUGAAGAUGUCCAACUCACUUUUGAUGUUUCCAACCCAGCUGAAGAAUGCAUCCAGACUGGAGAUAAACCUAGACAACCAGUACUGAUAACGGAGAUAGAUGAAGAUGUUGAAACGAUUGAGCUCCAAGAUGAGAAGAUAAACAUUGAUGAUCUCCCAGAUCUGGAGGAAGUUGAGGUUGACAUGCAAGAAAGUCCAGUCGUCCAGUCACCUAAACCAUGUUUUCAGCCUAUUAUUCAAAUUUUAAAUGAGGAUGAGGACCUCCCACCUCUCAGGAAACUAGUCAUAGAAGAGGUUAAUGUUGAUGAUGUCAGUGAACCAAAACCAGAGGAGGUUGAGGAAACUCUGUUCCUUAGAAGGCAGCCAGUCCACGAUUCAUCACUGAUGGAAAUAGCUGAUGAGGACAGUGUAGUAUUAGACAACCUUUUAAUUGGUCAGAAUGAGCAGCAACCAUUGAGAAAAAUGAUGAUUGAAGAAGUGAACUGCAAUGAUAAUUUCCAGGCCAAAACUGUUGGUGACAAUAUGGUUGAGCAACCAAUGAGAAGAUUAAUGAUAGAGGAAAUAGAUGAGGAGGAAUCACAGCCAACUAAUAAGCUAAUAAUUGAGGAGAUUGGAGAAACAGAGGCACAAUGCAAUCAACAUGAACAAGAUGAUUCUCAAAGAAAUUUAGAGGCCAAGAUUUGGGAACUGGUAUCAAGUGCUGGAUCAACAGUAGACAGAUCAGAAAGUGAUGAUGUUUGAAUUUUUCUAUUGUAUAGACUGAUGCAUUUACAGGGAUUGUUCUACCUCUGCAGAUGCCAUAGCUGGGGGCUUUUGGUGGGGGAUUUGUUAUGCAUCAUUUGCUACAAAUGUAAAUGUUAAAAUUAUAGUACUGUAUGUACUGUAUGUUGUUUCCAUUGCACCUUCGUACAUGGACAUGACAAGCACAUAAACUUCAUACAGAAAUCUGGAAUGACCCAAUGUAAAUAUACAUACUAGAGUAAGAAUCAGGAUUAGCCAUCAAGGGAGCUGAGUUCUUAUGUCCUGGAAGUUGUGGAAUUUUGAAAAUGUAGUAUUUAUAUAGUAAAAUAUUAUUAUUAAUGAAUGAUGGGUCAAAAAUUACAAAAAUAGAUGAAAUCAGAGUUUGUAUUUGAAAUGUUUAAUAAAAAACAAUAGUAUAUCAAACUAUUUUGCAUUGAUAGUCAAUGAUUAUUAUGUAAAUAUGAAAUGUAUGUACAAUUAAACAAUCUUAAAUCUUUUUUCAUGCCUGGAUAUGUUUGGGUUAAUUCAGCCCUUCCCCAUCAGUUGGGGAAGGGGUAUUUAACAGACCAAUUUAAUUCCCUAAAUGUUUAGCAUUUGGAAAACAAGAAUCUGUCCAAUAGCACCACUUAAAACAAAUUUUUCUUGUGAAUAUAUUAACUUUGUAAAGUUACUAACAAGAUUAUCCUGAUCACUUGCUAAUUUUAGUAAAUAAGAAUUUGAUACCAUUAUUUCGAUAACAUUAUUUCAUAAGACCAUGUAGGCAUAUUUUGAUUAAGUCUUGAUUUGUUACAGAAAUUCAUUGCUUGUAUGGCAAAUUACAAGAAACAAUUUUAAUAAUCUACAGUAGUUUAAUGAUAGCCAAUUUUUAGUCAGAGCCAGCUUAAUAGCUCACCAAUACCAAUGGCAAUGUUAAUUAGCAAUCGUCCACUUGUCACAAAAUGUCUGGUAUUGACAAUCGUUCAAAAAAGGGACAAAUUCAAAAUGAUUAG